AUGAUUGACACUGGCUCAGGCUCUAAGCUACGUGGCGGACAGCGACUGCAGGGUGUCCGUGUGGCCAGUGUUAAUGCUUUCCUUCCCAAUGAACCCCCCAAAUAUCAAUCACGGGGAGUUAGACCACGAUACCGCGGGGGUGUUCCUUUCUGGGUGCGUGAAAAUAUAGCAAGCUUCCUUAAAUGGUGUCGCUCAGUAGGAUUUCCCGACAGCAUCCUCUUCGAGACGGAGGACUUGGUGUCGAAAAGGCAUCUGCGCAGCGUGAUUAUCUGCCUGUUGGAGGUGGCUCGCCUUGGCAGCAAAUUCGGGAUGGAGGUGCCGAAGAUAAUCCACCUUGAGAAGCAGAUCGAUGCCGAAUUGGCUGCCGAGCGUCGUGGUCUGCCCAAACCGCAACAGAAGGUCAAACCCUCUACGCCUAACUACAACAGUCCGAGUGUGGACAUGCACUCCGUGGACGAAGCCGUACAAGAAAUGCUGGCUGAAUGCACUUGUAACCCGCCCUUCUCGAUGGUUUGUGUCAGUGAGGGUCGUUAUGUUUUUGGAGGCAGUGACACCCCCGUGUUUGUCCGACUCCUUCGGGGUCAGGUUAUGGUGCGCGUUGAUGACGACUGGGACACACUAAAACACUUCCUACAACAGCACGAUGAGUGCAGAAAAGUUACGCUUCAGGAUAGCCUAGCGGAGGAAAGCCCUGCUGAUUGGACGGAGGGUCCCUUCCAAUCGGAAACGCCCAAAGAAUUUACGUUCCAGGAGUUAGAUCAGGAAUCGGACAACCGUAAACUUACUGCUACGGAUCAGAGUCUUAUUAAUCCGACGAUGAUUACCUCUCAACGGGAAAUGCCCAAAAAAUUUACGUUCCAGGGAUUGGAUUCGGACUUAAUUGACCUCAAGCCAACUCCUACGGAUCAGAGUCCUAUUAAUCCAACGAUGGUUUCCGUACAACGAGAAACGCCCAAAGAAGUUAUGCCCCAGGACUUGGAUUCAGAUCUUAUUGACCUCAGACCAACUCUUACGGAUCAGAGUCCUAUUAAUCCAACGACGGUUUCCGUGCAACGAGAAACGCCCAACGAAUUUAUGCCCCAGGACUUGGAUUUGGAUCUUAUUGACCUCAGACCAACUCCUACAGGUCAGAGUCCUGUUAAUCCGACGACGGUUUCCUUGCAACGAGACACGCCCAAAGAAUUUAUGCCCGACAUAUCGGAUUCGGACCUAGAUGACAUCAAACCGACUCCUACAGACCAGAGUCUUUUUAAUCCGACGACGGUUUCCUUGCAACGCGAAACGCCCAAGGAAUUUAUGCCCGACGUAUCGGGUUCGAACCUUGAUGACCGCGAACCGACCCGCACGGGUCAGAUCACUGGUGAUCCGACGACCGCCCCCUUGCAACUGGAACCACCCAAAGAAUUUACGCCGCAGGUGCUGGAUCCGGAACCAGACGAUCUCAAACCGACUCCUACUGCCUACCUGGCAGAACUGGGUGAGAACCGUGCAAUCAUUCAGGAUGACAAUUCGUUUGAGGUAAGAACCAGUUAG